AUGGAUCCACAGUUCACACACAGUACUGGGCUGAACCAGACACUGGUCACUGAAUUCCUCAUCUUGGGAUUUUCCCUUGGGCCUAGCCUACAAACGCUGCUCUUUUUUGCCUUCCUCUUCCUCUACACAGCUGCUCUUUCAGGAAACCUGCUCAUUGUGGUGGCCAUUAGUGCCAGCCCAGCUCUGCACACCCCCAUGUACUUUUUUCUGGUUAAUCUAGCCCUGGUGGACAUCCUCUGCACCUCCACCAUCCUGCCCAAGCUGCUAAGCAUCAUGGUAGCAAGCAAGACCAUCUCCUACAGGGGCUGCAUGGCACAGCUCUUCUUCUUUACGUGGUCAAUGGGGGCCGAGCUGCUGCUUUUCUCAGCCAUGGCCUAUGACCGCUACGUGGCCAUCUGCCAGCCAUUGCACUAUAGUGCAUUGAUGGGACCACACAUGUGUGCAUUCCUAGCUGGGGUUGUGUGGGCCAUCAGCCUCACCAACACCUCAAUCAACAGCUGCCUCACCAUGGGUCUGCAGUUCUGCAAGUCCAACAUAGUUGAACAUUUCUUUUGUGAGAUCCCUCCUCUUCUGAAACUCUCCUGCUCCCCAACUCACCUGAAUGAGGCCAUGGCCUUUGCAGCAGAUUUACUCCUGGCUGUGGGGAACUUCUCUGUGACAGUUCUCUCCUAUGGCUUCAUUGUCAACAGCAUCCUUCACAUUCGGUCUGCCAAAGGCAAGUGGAGAGCCUUCUCCACCUGCUCCUCCCACUUGCUAGUGGUCAGCAUGUACUACUCCACUGUCAUUUACACCUACAUCCGUCCUGCGUCCAGCUAUGCCCUGAACAAGGACAAGGUGGUAUCGGUCAUCUACACAUCUGUGGCACCCACCCUGAAUACCCUCAUCUACACUCUGAGAAACAAGGAUGUCAAAGUUGCACUCAGGAGACUUCUCUUCUGCAGCUGA